ACAGUUACCAUCUUGAGACUUUUUGUCUCAUUGUCUUUCUUAUGCCUUGAAUUCCUCAAUAGCAAUACACAAACAGCAGAACACUAUCCUAUUGAUCAAGGAAGGGAAGAUGGAGUUUGAUCUUGAAGACCCACUUGCCAUCUUCAGAGAAGAGCAAAACUUUAGUAUAUCAGAACUCUUUGUCUCCGAAUCUGAUCACAUGCCCUUACCAAACUGCUUAUGUUCAACACCUUUUCAUGUUUCCUUCCGUUGUGAAGCCAUGUCUCUCAUACUUCAGGUUCAGCUAUCUUGCAAUUUAGACCCAUUUGUAGCAUACCUUGCUAUAAAUUACUUGCAGCGUUUCAUGUCAAGCCAAGAAAUUCCGGGGAAGCCGUGGUUUCUCAGGCUUCUUGUUAUAUCCUGCAUUUCUCUUGCUUCAAAGAUGAACAACAAAACUUUUUCAUUUUCUGAUAUGAAGAAAGAAGGUUGCAACUUUGAGGCUCAAAGUAUUCAGAAUAUGGAGCAUCUUAUUCUCGGGGCUCUGAAAUGGCGUAUGAGGUCAAUUACACCUUUUUCUUUCUUGAAUUUCUUCAUCUCUUUAGAUGAAAUCAAAGACCAAUCACUGCAGCAAGCACUUAAAGAGAGAGCUUCAGAGAUUAUCUUCAAUGCUCAAAAUGCAGACAUUAAGCUUUUAGAGUAUAAACCUUCAACUAUUGCGGCAAGUUCCCUUAUCUUUGCAUCUAAUGAACUAUUCCCGCAGCAAUAUUCUAUUCUAAGAGCUUCAAUUACUGCUUGUGAGUAUCUAGAUGAGGAGAUAUUGUCCAAGUGCUUUGAUUUGAUGCAAGAGACUGUUAGAAUGGAAGCAAAAGAGUUAAUGAUAGAUACAAGCUUUUUAAGUAGUGAUUGCGAAACUCCAGUGAGUGUGCUAGAGAGAAGCACCAAACGGCAGAGAAUUUGAUGGUCUAUGCUGCAGAAACAAAUUCAAGUUUUCUCAAACUCGUGAGGGAGGAAACUGAGAGGAAAAAUUCGUGUUGGGUCCAUACAUUUUCUGUUUCACUACUUACACUCAGUCCAAAUCAAGAAAGGGCCACAAGGCCUUGUUUUGGAUAUAAGAGAGUUGAGAUAUCCAUACACUCCCAUGUGUCAUUGGCCAAAAAGAAAUUAAUGCAAUCUAUAUUGCAUCGAAUGAAAUUCAGAAAUCAUUAAAUCAAAUCAAAUACCUUGUGGAGAGGGAUUGCCACAUGCAAAUGGAAGUUGUAAGGCAGCACCAAUGCAAUGAAAUACAACACCUGAUAUAGGGGUUAAUUUGAAU